CAGCCUGUCCCGCGGCCCCCGCAACAGCAGCAGCGGCCGCGGCGACUGCACCAGCAGUGGCGGUGGCAGACCUGGCCCCGGGCCAGCUGGCCGGGAGCCCCAGGAGCGAGAGAGGGCGGAGGAAGGGGAGGAAGAGGGGAAGGAGGAGGAGGAGAGGAGCAGUCAGCAGGCCCGAGGAGGCAGGACUUCCUGGUGUGGGGGUUGUCAACAGCCCAGAAAGAGAAAGACCGAGAGGAGCCGAGAGAGACCCAUCGGUGCCACGCGGGAGGAGACUUGGGAGGGCCCGUCGCCGCGACGACCACCGAGGCGGCAGCACCUGUGGGAUCGGGGGGAGGAGGCUGAGCCGCCCCUCUCUCGCUUCAGUCGGCCGAGCCUGGGGACCUCAGAGGCCGCGCCUGAGCUCCGCCAAGGAGGCGGGAGUUCCUUCUUUUCUGGACAGCAAACUUUCUGCGGAGAUGCCUUGCGGGGCGAGGUGCAGCCCCCGUAGAGAUCCCGACAGCCUCUGAUCGCCGCCUGCGCGCCCCCCCGCCCCCACCCCAAGCUGCUGGGGCCAAGGAGGCUCUGGGGAAGGGACAGUCCCACACCUUAGGCGGCCGGGACCCCCGGCCCAGCUCGGUGGCCGCCGUCGAGAGUUUGCAAACUCAGCUCUGGAGUUCAGCAACGACAGCAGCAGGAAAAACCUGCCCCUGCCCCCCCACUCCUGCAGCCUCUCCUGCCCUGUUCUCCCUUCACCAACCAGGCACCCCCCAGUUCCCGCAAGGCCCUCCUGCCAUGUCGGACCCAGACAUCCGCAGGGGCCCCGAUGUCCCCGCCAUGUGGCCCCCCUGCUCCAGGGGUGCCUGAGCCCCUUGAAGAGCCACCACCAACCCCCUGCCUACUUUGGCCCAGUCCUGAGCCCCAGGGACCAUGAGUGGGGGCAAGAAGAAGAGUAGUUUCCAAAUCACCAGCGUCACCUUGGACUACGAGGGCCCAGGGAGCCCAGGGGGUUCAGAUGCCCCUGCCAUGCAGGCACCCCCUGGGCCACCGGCCCCUACCGGGCCAUCAGCCCCAGCCCCCACCGGGCCCCCACCCCGCCUGCCCAAUGGGGAGCCCAACCCCGAGCCAGGGGGCAAGAGCACCCCCCGGAACGGGUCCCCGCCGCCUGGGGCCCCUGCCUCCCGUUUCCGGGUGGUGAAGCUGCCCCAAGGCCUGGGAGAGCCUUAUCGCCGAGGCCGUUGGACAUGUGUGGAUGUUUAUGAGAGAGACCUGGAGCCCCCUAGCUUUGGCCGGCUCCUGGAGAGUAUUCGAGGGGCCUCAGGGGGCAACGGGGGCAGAUCUUUGGAUUCCAGGUUGGAGCUGGCCAGCUUGGGCCUGGGCGCCCCUACCCCACAGCCAGGCCUGUCUCAGGUCCCCACCUCCUGGCUCCGCCCGCCCCCCACCUCCCCUGGACCUCAGGCCCGCUCCUUCACCGGGGGACUGGGCCAGCUGGCAGUGCCCGGCAAGGCCAAGGUGGAGACACCCCCACUGUCGGCCUCCCCACCCCAGCAGCGCCCCCCAGAGCCCGGGACCGGGGAUAGCGCGGGCCCUUCCCGGGCUGCCACGCCCCUGCCCACCUUGAGGGUAGAAGCAGAGGCAGGAGGUUCCACGGCGGCGGCAGCAGCGGCGGGGACCCCUCCACUGUCCCGUGUGAAGGAUGGAGCCCUGCGGCUGAGAAUGGAGUUGGUUGCUCCAGAGGAGAUGGGACAGGUACCCCCGGUCGACUCUCGCCCCAGCUCCCCAGCCCUCUACUUCUUCCCCGAUGCCAGUCUGGUUCACAAGUCUCCAGACCCCUUGGGAACAGUGGCUGCCCAGAGCCUCAACUUCGCCCGCUCCAUGCUGGCCAUCAGUGGCCACCUGGACAGCGAUGAUGAUAGUGGCUCCGGAAGCCUGGUUGGCAUUGACAACAAGAUCGAACAAGCCAUGGACUUGGUGAAGUCUCACCUCAUGUUUGCUGUCCGGGAAGAGGUGGAGGUGCUGAAGGAGCAGAUCCGGGACCUGGCGGAGCGGAACGCGGCACUGGAGCAGGAGAACGGACUGCUGCGUGCCCUGGCCAGCCCCGAGCAGCUGGCGCAGCUGCCUUCCUCGGGGGUCCCCCGGCUUGGACCCCCAGCGCCCAACGGGCCCUCAGUCUGAGCCUCCCUUCCCUCACAAUGUGCCUUUGGGGGGCCACCACAGCUGCUAGGCCUUGUGCCAGCUGCCUGCCCCCUCUUCCUAUGCAGCUUUAAUGCCCCCUGAUCCCUGGGGAUGGGAGUCGAAGGCUGAGAAGGAGCCUGGCCCCACCCUUCCUUGAUGUCCCUGCAAUGCCCGGGGACUGGGCUGGGGCAUCCCUGCACAUUGAUGGAGGAGGGAGGGCAUCGGGACGGGACGUUAAACAGAGCUCCCCUCCUCCCUUUCCAGCCGUCAGCGUUCCGAGACCCCCAGCGAUAGAUGGCUCGGGGGAGUUGGAGGCUCCCUGGCAGCCGUCCCCACCUUGUUCCCUGGAGCGCGCCCCCGGCUCCUCUGCCAGGAGAGGGAGGACGGACAGUGUAUCUGAAAGUUCUGGGAUUCAGGUUAUUAUUGAAAUAAUAAUUAUAAUUAAAAAAUCCGAAGA